AUGGCAGCUCAUCAGAGAGACUCCGGCGUCUCAGUGAGCAGCUUUUUUGCCCGAUGCAAGCUUCCAUCCAAUACCCGCGAUGACUGCGACAUUUUCGCGAAAACGCAUUUCCCAUCAGAGGAGAGCAGGCCCGUUCCCUUUCAAGGUUAUUGUUCGUAUACGAUGAUCGUUGGGCGGGACAGAAUAGUACAGUUCCGACCAGCGGGCCAUGGGCUCGAUGUGGACAUCAUAGCGGCGGCACGUCGCAUCUUUGGGGGCAUAGUCCCGGAGACAAAGUUCUUGGGUGCGCUCGAGGACAGCGAUUUGCGGGUCUACGCCAUGACCAAACUCGAGGGUGUAUCGUUGUCAGAUCUUCGGUUGUCUAGCUCCCCUGGCAGGACCAGGUCGCUCAGGCGCCACGUUGUGCAAGACUUUGCUCGGAUCCAGGCGACGAGCUGGCUGCAUCGCAGAUCAGAAAAUCAGGUCUCGGCGAAGAGGCUUGUAGGGUCGUCGUUGCGAUGGCGUAUCGAUGCCAUAAUGGCCAACAUCCCAGAGAAAUUCAAGAGGUUUGUAUACAUAGCUCAUCAGAGUUUGCAGGAUAUCGAGAACCUACCAUGGGUCAUGAGUCAUGGUGACUUCAUUCCUGCAAAUGUUCUGGUUUGCCCAAAUACUGGGAGAGUCAAGGGUCUGCUCGACUGGGCUGAAGCCGAGUGGCUGCCUUUCGGCGUGGGUAUGUAUGGACUCGAGGAACUGCUAGGCGAGGAAGUCGACGGCCGCUUCAAAUAUCAUACAGAAGCUCGAGAACUAAGAGUUCUGUUCUGGAAAUGUCUAUCAUCACUCGUUCCAGAACUAUCGAGAGACCUAAGAUUUUCGGAGAAUGUCAAGCGAGCUCAGCUUCUGGGUAUAUUGUUUUGGCACGCCAUUGCUUUUGAUGAUGGGAAGUUGGACCGGGUCGUAGAAGAAGGGGUCGAUGAUGGUGAAAUCCAGCGACUGGAAGCCUUCCUUUUGAGCUCAUCUGGGCCACCAUAUAUGAGGACGAGGCGAAAUUUAGGGGAGAAGUGGCGGUUCUCCUAUAACCAUGUUCGCAAGUUCAUGGUUGGCGAGAAGUAG